AUGGCAGACGGUGUCGAGGCGAUCGAGGCGAAGGAGGCUAUCGAGGCCGAAAAUGCGAGCUGGGUCAGAACCGUGAAAGAUCUGUCGGCCGGGGCUGCUGGUGGUGUCGCGCAAGUAUUGCUGGGUCAACCAUUUGAUAUUGUAAAGGUGCGACUCCAGACGACUUCAACAUAUCCAAGCGCAGCAGCAUGCGCAUCAUCCAUUUUGCAGAAGGAAGGGCCACUGGCCUUCUACAAGGGCACCUUGACUCCUUUGAUUGGAAUCGGAGCAUGUGUCUCUGUGCAAUUCGGUGCUUUCCACUAUGCACGUCGGGCCUUCGAAGAACAGAAUCUGAAGCGCAAUCCCAGCGCUUCAACUGAGUUGUCGUAUGGCCAGUACUAUGCGGCCGGCGCAUUUGCUGGCCUGACCAACUCCGUCUUGUCUGGCCCGAUUGAGCACGUCAGAAUCAGACUCCAGACACAGCCUCACGGAGCGGAUCGAUUAUACAGCGGUCCUCUGGACUGUAUUAAAAAGCUCUCUGCCCACGAGGGAGUUCUUCGCGGUCUCUUCCGUGGCCAGGCUGUCACGCUGUGGCGUGAGGCACAAGCUUACGGUGUUUGGUUUCUGACCUUUGAGUAUCUGAUGGCCCAAGACAUGAAGCGCAACAAUGUCAAGCGAUCCGAUAUCUCAUCGCCCAAGGUCGCCUUCUAUGGUGGUCUGGCAGGCGAAGCCCUUUGGAUAGCCAGCUACCCAUUUGAUGUCGUCAAGAGCAAGAUGCAGAGUGAUGGAUUCGGAAAGGAUCAGAAAUUCAAGACCAUGCGGGAUUGCUUCUCCCAAACAUGGAGAGCGGAAGGCAUGAGAGGCUUUUGGAAAGGCAUUGGACCGACUCUUGCAAGAGCCAUGCCUGUGAGUGCUGGUACAUUUGCAGUGUAA